CCCCGCGGCAUCAGGAACCAGCGCCGAAGUCGGCACGACACGACUCUGCCGUAACGACCGUUGCGCGGAGAUCGUCAAAAACAGCACCAUCCCAUCCCCGCUGGCCUGUGGCAUCUCAGCCCAAGCAGCCCGCCCUCCCAGGUGGAGGCAGGCCGCGCGAAGCCCCGGGCCACCCCCCGAAGGCGCGACGACGACCGCGCCUCGGCGCGCCGCGGUCUGGGCGGGAGCGGCCGCCCGUCUCCAGGGGGAGCGGCGCGAGGGCGCGGAGGUGCGAGGGCGCGAAGAGGAUCGCGCGUCGCGCAUCGUGGGGCGCGAGACGCGAAGUCAGGUGACCCAGGAAGCCCGAAGGAACAGGCGUGAUGUCCCCGCCCAGGUGGGCACGUCGGCCGGUGGGGCCGAGGCUGCGCCAGCGGGGGUGGGAACCGGCAAAACGAUGCUCAGCAGGACCAGCAAGGGCAGUUCUCCGCGCCGCCGCAGGUGCACGAUUUCGAGGACCCCUCGCUGGAUCACCGGGGCGCUGCGAUCCGCUUCGAGCAGCAGGGCCGCAAGGCCGACGCGGAGCGGGCCUUCCAGAGCGCCGCCCGCUUCUCGCCGUCCUGGACCACGCUGACGGACCUCGGGGUGUGCAUGAUGAGGCGCAGCCGGCUGGCCGAGGCCGAAGAGGCUAUGUCCGCGCGCACUCCCUCGCGGACUCGCAGAAAGCGUUGGACCACGUGAGCGGCAAUCUGGACGUGCUGGAGCAGCACAUGGCCCACAGGCGCGGGGAGGAAGUGCACUCUGCACUGUCGUACCGGCGCCGGCACAGCGGCAUGGGCUCCGCAGUCUCAAAGACAAGCGAGGAUUCUCAUGGUAGACCCCCGCAAGAGGAAGCCGUGACACGCCCGCGCUUAGUCCACCAGAGGCCCAGGCUGCCUCGGGCCAGGAGGUUCAAGAGGAGAAGCGUCGCCGACCUGGACAAGGCCAGCGCCGAGCCCCGGAAGCAGAGGGCAGUGCUCGGGGCCCCGUUCGUCCUCAGAGACGGCAUGAAGGGCUGGAGGAUGCUGGAGACAUGGAACAAGACUUGGCGGCAAGAGCUCCAGGCGGUGUUCCCCAGGGCGGUGACCGACUUCUACCCGUACAACAUGCUCUCCAGGAAGCGCCAGAGCCCCUAUCUGUCGCGCCUUCCGGUUGGCAUCUUCGAGCUGACCGCGUCGGAGAGGCAGUCCCGCUUCGACCCAGUGAACGAUAAGGGCCUGGAGGCCGGCCGCUACAUGCACCUGCAGCUGACACCCAAGAUGUGGGCUGCGCUGGAGGAGAAGCGCCACUUCCCUGCGGACAGGCACACCUUCUUAAGAAACGACGAGUGGCAGAUGAAUUGCAUGAGCGAGGAGAUCCAGGAGGAAUGGAACCUCAAGACGCACUGGAAGAUUAUACUGGUGGGGUCGCGGGGUGCGGGGAUGUUUAACCACUCGGACUCGCUACACACGUCCUCCUGGCACGCCCACGUGAUGGGUGACAAGUGGUGGUAUGUCUGCGGCAGCCUGCUGAACGGCACCCACGUGUGCUUCGAGGAUAUCCUGAAGCCCGGGGAGAUCCUUUACUACCCUCCGCGAUGGCACCACGAGACGCAGUGCCUGUCGACGCCCACUAUGACCCUCACGGACACCGUGGCCCACGCUUACAACGCCGAGGGCAUCUGGGCCAAGACCUACGGGGAGUGCACCGGGCGUCAGUCCCUGAGGUUCGACUUCUCCGCCCAGCUGUGCGACGCGCUGGGCGGGAAGUGCGAGGACCACUGGCGCGAGCGGAGCCGGGAGGCGGGCCGCGCGUGGAGCGGUCAGAAGCUGGCGCCGUGGCGCACCAACGCGAGGGUCGGGGAGGUCAGCAAGAAGGAGGCAAUCAAACCCACGCACAACAACUACGAUGGCCGCAACCACAUCGCCGAGACGUGGAACUGAGCGAGUGUCCUCUGGUCGCGUGGCGCAAACCAGAGUUGCUUGCCGUGCGUCAAGACAUCCUUCUUCUC